UUCAUCUGAACCUCAAAGUUCAUCUCAUACAGUCUCGUCUGAAGCUCAGAUUCUGAUUUUAACACAGAAACACAGAAAUGUCUGCUGGAACUGUGUCACUCUGCUACAAUUUCCUGUUUUUCAGCAUCUUCGUGUUUGUCUCUGCAGACCAGAAUACCAUCGCAGCUAAGCCUGGAGAGGACGUCAUUCUGCCAUGUCGAGCUCCAAACAACUACAUCACAGCUGCACACUGGAAGAGAGCUGACCCGAUAUCAAAAUAUGUUCUUGUUUACCAGGAUGGUCACUUUGAUCCAUUUUUCCAGCAUCCAUCUUUUAAGAACCGGGUGGAUCUGCAGGACAGACAGAUCAAGGAUGGAGACGUGUCUCUGAUUUUGAAGGAUGUGAAGAUUAAUGACGCUGAAAAAUACAUGUGUUAUGUCUUCAUGGAAGAAACAAACUCAUGGGAGCUCAUCAACACAAUCUCCCUGGUUGUUGAUUCUCCAGAGCCGAAAAUCAUCACAACUGAGUCUGGACAGGACGUCACUCUGACAUGUCGAGCUCCAAACAGCAAGGUCAUGGCUGUAGAGUGGGAAAGAUAUGACCUGGGAGAAGAAUAUGUUCUUUUGUAUCAGGAUGGACACUUUGAUCCAGCCAACCAGCAUCCAUUUUUUAACAACCGGGUGGAUCUGCAGGACAGACAGAUGAAGGAUGGAGACGUGUCUUUGAUUCUAAGGGACGUGACAAUUCAUGACAAUGGAACUUACGAGUGUCGCGUCUUCAUGGAAGAAACACGCUCAUGGAAGUCCAUCAGCAGCAUCAACCUGAUUGUUACAGACGAGAAAAUCAUCAAAGCUAAGCCUGGACAGGACGUUACUCUGCCAUGUCGGGCUCCAAACAACAAUAUCUUAGCUCUAGAGUGGGAUAGAGAUGACCUGAAGUCAGGAAAGGUGUUUUCCCGCUUUGGUUGUGACAUUUUUCUAGAUGGCCAGCAUCCAUCUUUUAAGAACCGGGUGGAUCUUCGGGACAGACAGAUGAAGAAUGGAGACGUGUCUUUGAUUCUGAAGGAUGUGACGAUUCAUGACGCUGGAACAUAUGACUGUGCUGUUGCCAUGGAAGGAACAAACUUAUUCAAGCACAGCAUCAUCCACCUGGUUGUUGAUCCUCCAGGUCAGACAGGAGGAGACAGAGAUGAACUGUGAGUCAAACGAUCUGAGGACAGAUAUAAAUGAACUCUCCUGAACAUCCAGCAGUCGACUCUGAUGAUCAUCAUGUUCACACUCAAAUCAACAGUGUGUGUCUGUGCUGUCUGUCAGUGAACUACAGUUUAUUCAUCUCCAGGCUGUUCAUGAGAUUUACUGACACAAAGUCAAACUGUGUUACAAACAUACAUGAAUUUCUGAGCUCUAAUCUAAGAGUCAGUGAGUGUUUUUGUGUUGGAGCUUCAGGUUAGGCAAAUUAACUCUUUCAUGUUAUUGUGAUUGUUUAUUAACUUCAUGUAACUUUUUCUUCUUUAAGUACAACCCACUGGAAAACAGUUUUGUAUAAAAAUCUUCUCUUUGGCUGACAUUUUUUUACUUUGUAAAUCAAGCUUGCCAAGUUUAACAGAUUGUACAAACUGUUAUAGACUCAGGUAUUUCUCUCUCUCUGAUCCUGCACAGAAGAGUUUGACACCUCUUCAACUUUUCUUUAACCUGACACACUGUUCAGGUCAGAUUGGACCUGCUUUGACAUUUGACACCAGCAAAAACACCCCGAUCUACUUUGUUGGGCUGAAACCUGAUGACUUUUCCUAAACCAACCUAUAAAACACAUUAAAAUAUUUUCAUACUCAAAAAUGGAAAAAAAAAAUUUUUUUUUAAAUCUUUGCUGUGUUGUUAUUACAGCUGGUACAUAAAAGGACAUCCUCUUAUAUGUCCAGCUGUCUCCUUUUGAAUAACUCCAUUCAUCAGUAGUUCAUUGUACUGCUGCAGCUCCUGCCUCCCUCUCUGAGUAGUUGUCAUGCAUCUUUUUCGAGUGCUGGACUAUACUGUCACUGUGGCUGCGCUGUUUUUGAUGGCGCUUAGACUGCUUGGUUCAAGCCACUGACAGGCAAGCAAGAGACGAAAUUGGAUGGAUGCAGCUUUCCCUGCCAGCAGUGUCAGCCCUAAUAGUUCACUUCAGAUCUCGACUCAGCCCUCUGUCAUCUGACAUACAAAAUGUGCAGUCUUCUGUUUUCGAGCCCUUGGUCCCAGUGUUUUUAUACACUGCCCUCUAUCUGCUACUCUUCCUUCCCCCUCUCUUCUUUUUUUUUUUACAUUUACUUUUUUUUUUUAUUUAAAUAAGGAACGUAAUACAAAACAACCUAUAAAAACACAAAUAAACCGAAAUAAACAAGUAAUCGAACUUAAACAAACGGGUGUACCAUCUAGUUAUAUAUAUAUAUACAUAUAUACAUAUACAUAUAUAUAUACAUACAUACACAUACCUACAUACAUAUAUAUACGCCUAUACAUACAUGCAUACACACAUACACAUAUAUACACAUAGCACAUAGCAGUUCAAAGAUAUGGCGUACAGAAUUACAGAGAUUCAAACAAAAUCGGGUCUCCUUGUCAAAAUGUAAUGUUUCCAUUUAUCCCAAAUCUCAAUAAAUAUACCAUAUUGAAAUCUGUUAGAGAAGGUAAUUCUUUCCAUUUUAAACACCUCAUGAACAGUCUCAUACCAGUCAUUUAGUGAUGGAAUUUUCACACUUA